UAAUCAUGAACUGAGAGAGGUGAAGUUCACUCAAUCAUUGGACUCGUCAGUACACUCGUACUAGGAACGAAGAUUAGUCGCGAGAAUGGCAAAUCUACUGAAGAAACUAGUGAUUACUUGUGUAUUACUUGGCCAUCAAAUAAUUUCAUCGCAAGAAUCCGUGCCAUGUUUGACGGAUGAAGCUAAACCCGGAAGUUGCGUUGAUAUCGAUCAUUGUCCAUUUUUACGAGAGUUGGCUCAAGCUACAAUACUGUCCACCCAAGAACGGGCGUUAUUGAAUAGACGAGUGUGUGGCCCGCGAAAGGUUUGCUGUGAAGAACCCUCCGGCGUUACUUUAAAUCUACCAACUUCGAGUACUCCAGCCAGUGAGAUAAGAGUACCGAUCGUCGCAGCUAGGACUGCUAUUAGCAAGAAAAUGACUCUACCUGAUACGACUGUCUGUGGACCUGAUAAUCUAGGCGACAGGAUCUUCGGUGGCAAUAAAACCGAAAUAGAUCAGUUCCCAUGGACAGUUGCUCUCGAGUACAGAAAUAAGAAUCCUCCGAGCGUUGAUUGUGGAGGUUCGCUAAUCAACACACGUUAUGUCAUUACCGCUGCUCAUUGCGUGCAACAUGUUCGAAAAGAAGAUUUAAUUGCACGACUUGGUGAAUAUGAUCUAGAAUCUGACCUGGAUUGCGACGGGCCAGAUAACUGUAAUCUGGAAGUAAUUUACGCAAAGAUUGCAGAAAUUAAAAUUCAUUUCAAAUUCCGAUACAAGCAGAACGAUAUUGCUUUGUUAAAAUUACAAAAUGCUCUUCCUGAAGAUUAUUACGAUUAUUUCCUACCUAUUUGUCUUCCGCAAUCUGCUGAACUCGAGGAAAAUUUGUUCAUUGAUCGAAAUGUAACUGUGGUAGGAUGGGGUAGUACCGGAAAUGAAACCCGAAGUCGCUUCAAAAUGCAAACCGAUCUGGUAACGACCAGUGUGGAGGAGUGCCAAAACGAUUUCCAACUAGCAUUAGUCGCCCAAAAAGUGCACCCAAAUCAUAUCUGCGCUAAGUCGGCCACCGAAUUGAAACAGGGCACGUGCGGAGGAGAUUCCGGAGGACCUUUGAUGACUUCGGUGAACGGCAAUUGGUACUUGAUUGGGGUUGUAAGCUUGGGACCACCGUGCGGAAAAUCAACUCUGCCGGGUGUUUACACCAGGGUGACCAGUCACAUGAGCUGGAUCAAAGAAAAUUUGGUAAAUUGAAGACUCCUGGUUAAUCAGUGUAACUCAAAGUAAUAAUAAAACCUUCUACGGAAACUAAUAUUUCGUUUUCAAUUUGAUCUUGUGAUCUUUGAUGCAGAAAGAAUCAAGCUGAUGUAGCAAAUGCAGGCUUGAAUAUCAAAAAAUGUUUUACGACACUCAUUA